AUGACAGAGAUGCCUGCAAAGUCCCUCUCAGUGGCAGAUAAGACCAAGUUUGAAGAUAACUACAGACUACAAUACUUUGCCAUCUAUGCAGAAACUUGCUUUGCCAGCUUUGGUGAUAGAGUGAAGAAGUGGAUUACACUGAAUGAGCCUCAUCAAUCUGCGGUGAAUGGAUACUGUACUGGGAUAUAUGCCCCUGGAAGACGUGAACAUUCAUCAACCGAACCAUAUUUGGUUGCAUACCACCAGCUCUUGGCCCAUGCAGAAGCAGUUUCCAUAUAUAGAGACAAAUUCAAGGUGUUUUCGGUGUUUUUUAUUUAA